AUGAAUGUUGCAACCAAUUGUUGUCUAAAAUGUUAUUUUGUAACUUAGUUUAUGUAACUUAUUUCCUCUUAACAAUUUUAUUAUUAGUAUUAAUAUUUGAUAACGUGAAUGGGGAACUUAAAGAUAGUAAAAAGGAAGAACACAGGCACGAAAACAACGAAGAAAUAUAUUUAAAUGAACAUCAACGUAGAGUUUUAGAUGCUAUAGAUGAUAAAGAAUGGCAUGUGUCCCAUUUAAAAGGCAUGGAUUUUGAAACAAAUUGUGAAGAGGAAACUUUUAGCGAUAAAGUGAAAAGGUAUCGUAAAACUUUAAAAAAUGACGGGGCGUUAGUAGAAUUUGUGUCCGCAGAUGCUAUACCUGUUAAUAAACAAGAUUUAGAAAAAGAUAAAUGCAUAAGUAAUUUAAAAAGCAAGAAGGAAAAUACGGUCAAUAGCUUUACUGAUAUUGGUGUCAAAGAGAAAUCUGUUAAUACCAGCGAUGAUAUCAAACCAGCAACCGUAAGCGUUAAAGAUCUUGAAGAUAGUGUUGCAAAUAUUAUGACUGAUCAAAGGCGAAGCGAAUACCAGUUCAGUUCUGUAGAAUACUACGAUGAAACUCAGGACUUCAAUGCAGGUGUUUGUCCGGAUGAAGUUGAGGUUAUACAACUAGAAUUAGACACUUUACGGUCUUAUGACGUUGUGUGUGAAGCUACACUGGAAUGGAGGAGCUUAGAGUGACCAAGCACGCCGACAUACUGGAAAGGAGUUGAAACGCGGCAUCUUUCUUAAUAAUAACUCUAACUAA